ACGUCAUGCGACACGUGACUGCUGGACAGGAAGAGCUUCCACUGGCAAAACAAAUGUUCUUCAGGCAGAGACUGGCUCUAUAAUUAAGAUUAUCUGACUCUCGCCAUGGCUGCAAUCGCUAAAGAGACACAGAGCAUCAAAGAGGCGGUGGGCCACAUCAAUCAGGUUGACGCCAAUAAGUUUGGCCGGCUGCUCUCUCGCAUCCUUCAGAAACUUCACCUUAAGGGAGAGCGCUCCUUCAGUGAAGACGAGGAGCAGAAGUUACAGACAGCUCUGGCUAUGGAGAAGCAAGCUCUUCACCUGGUCCUGGAGACCACAUCAUUCCUAUUAGAACAGGCUGUGUAUCACAAUAUUAAACCAGCAUCCUUCAAGCAGCAACUUGAAAACAUACAUAUCGCUCCAGAUAAGGCAGAGGCUUUUUGUCAAGCUUGGGCCACAGCUGGCCCAGAUGUUGUGGAGAAGAUUAGACAAAGAAUAUUUGCCCCUAAAAAGCUGGAUCACAUAGGCUGGCAGCUGAACCUUCAGAUGGCCCAAUCCUCACAGGCCAAGCUCAAGGCGCCGCACGCAGUGCUGGACCUGGGAGUCAAAGAGGAGGACGAGUCCGAGCAUCUGCAGCAUGUUUUUGUGGAAUUCAGCCACCAGGAACUGCUGGAGUUUUACAACAAGCUAGAGAUGAUUCAAGCACAGUUGGAUUCCCUUACUUGAUGCUCGAGCCAACCUUCAUGAGCAAGUCUGCUGUAUAUAGCCCACAUUUUCAUUGUAAUGGGGUUUUCAAAUCUGAUCCAGAAUAACAGGUGCUCCCCAUUUAAUUUCACUUUUGUUAAUUAUCACUUUGUAUGAUAACAGUCUGCGUCUAAAUUGCCACAUCUUAGAAAUGUGUAAUUCUCUUUUGUAUGAAUGAAGUGCUCUGCUUCAUAUUUGAGUCAAAGUACGGUCCUUGCCUCAAGCUGUCCGUCUUAGUGGAUCUCAAAACGUUGCACUGGUCAGAUUCUUUUACUUUGUCCUUACUCCAAUAACAAGGCGCAGCAAUGUUAAUAAUAAGUGGUUGCUUGCCUUAAGCUCCCAAUCGUCACAUGCAGCUAGAGGUUUCAUCACUUAAAACGUGUGAGAGUGUGAAGUCACACUCUUGAUCAGUUACUAAGUGUACGUCUGCGUUAAACAGCUUUACGGGUUUAACUUACGAAAUCCUGACAUAAACGGUAUGGCAUUCGGUUCAACAUGUGCUAAUUGGGAGUUCUUGUAACUAAAGUGUGUUAAAGCCCUUUGUGUCGCUCAUCAGACACUAUUUUAAACAGUGAAGGAUCUUCUUUGAACGGCGCCAUGUCAUUUUAUAGUUUACUGUUUGUGCUGCACUCACUGAACUGAACUUUCAUUAAAUUGAUGAUGGAAGUGCUAA